AUGACAACAGCUGCACCGCCAACAAUCCCGCAGACGGAGCUGGUCUCCCCCAGCCUCAAGCCCCAGGAGCUCUCGUUUCCGCUACCCAAGGCCCUGCAUACGACCGGACAUGUCCAUUUAACCUUCUUGGGGCAUUGUGCCGUCGUCCAUCUGGCCACUUCCACUCCGGGUGACUCGUCGGGCUCCUUUAAGCCCAUGGGUAGCUUUGUUUAUGCCAUGCCUAAUCGAACAUCCUCAAAUUCAACAAUAUCGACUACUCUGUACACGACACCAUCCAGUAUCGAAUACACGACACGGGUGGCCAAGAUCCUUGCUCGGCGCAUGCGGCAGCCGGUCUAUGUCGGGUGUAGCAUCGAUCCCAAUGGGCUCGGACAGACUGUGGAGGAAGAAAUGGAAGGCCUUGCGAGCUUUGUGAACCUGAUUGUGGAGAAAUACGAAGCACAAAAGCAGCAAUAG